CGUUCUUUAUUAAUUUACAUUUUUAAGAACCCCAGAGCACAUCCCAGAUACCCUAGCUAGUUUGCCAAGAGGUUUACAGCUUUAAAUCUCUAAUGGUUUCCGAAACUACACCAUUAAACGGGAAGAAGAAGAAGAAGAGGUGGAUAAGUACGAGAUUUGAAGCUGUCAAAACACCUGUCAAGUACCUAGCCUGUCUUUAUUCCUAUAAAUGCACCCCACAAAGCAAUUGGUCCUCAUCAAAUGAGCCUGUCCCUUUACCUUUACUCCCUUCUUUUGUCCAAAAAUGGCUAGAUUUAGGUUCAACGUUAAUGAUAAGAGAAGCACGGGAGCUUCAAGAACUCAACAACAGGAGCAAGAGCAGCAGCAAAAGGAGGGACAUCAGCGACAGCUUCAAGCACACAGCGAAUGUGACAACAAUAAGUGUUGGAGAUGCCCUAUGCUUCCUCCUGUUCUCGCCUUACCUGCAUUUGAAGACAGCAGCAGCGAAGAUAAUAGAGAAGAAUUGCAAGAGGAAAGGAACCGACUCAUUCAACGAUAUGCUGGCGGGGAGCUGCAAUUCCUCAUUGACUGGUUUGAGCACAUCCAUAGAGAUCUAGAGGAGUUAAGGCGUGAUCUGGAUUCUGUCAAAGAGGAACUCUGGCGAAAACGAUCUGGGUAAGGGGAAGUUGGAGGCGAUAUGGCAUGGAGGAGGAGGAGGGAUCCUGUCAAAUCCGAGUCAUAUUGUCUGGUGUUUUAGCUGGAAAUUAAGCUUGCUAAUCUAUGUUAGUUUUAUGCGUCUUUUUAGUGUCUUAAUUAAGUCGUUGCAGUUUGAGUCAGUGCUUCGUCUUCGGACAAUGUAUGCCAUGUUUCUGGUGAAAUCUGGCUUCUUAAAUAAAGUUUAAGUGCAAUUUUCAGUAGAACUCUCUUUUCGGUGCUCUUACUCUGGCGUGUGCCAGAUCCAGUUCUG